AUGUUUGAAAGUCUAGGUGGUAGUAUCUUGACCAUCUUGUUCAGUUUAGCAGUAAGCUUUUUGCUAUAUCUAGGAGCUUACAAACAAAAGAAAAAGUCUAUAGCUAUUAAUAGUAAUGGUAAGCUAUAUGAAAGAGAGAAUUCAACUUCCGUGGAGUCAUUUUUAGGGUCAGCGAGUCUGAAUUGCGGUGGUUCAUCGUCUGAAUCUUCGUCCAAUAUUGAAAUGGUUAGCAUUAAAGGUGGUGAUAUCGAAGAAGAUAAACAAUAUGAAUUUGUAAAACACCCGCCACAAGAAUACAAUUUUCAAGCUGACCCUUAUCAUAAAGACUUGACAUUCUUUCCAACGACUACAACAUCGCAAGUCAAUUUUGCAGCAAUGACUAUAAAUGAAAAAAUUACCACAAUGAUAAAGAAUUCACAGCAUACAAAGUCACUUCCUUUCAACUCGUGGUACCUUGCACCAAGCAUCCUCCUUGUAUCAUCCUGGUUUAUUUUAAAUUUUGUUUAUUACCUAAAAGAUCCUAUAUGUACUUGGAAAGAUUUACUUGCAUGGACAUCGUAUGUAUUAGGACACAUUACGGUACCUAUAGUAACUGCGGUUUGGUUGUAUGUCUUUCAUGCGCCAGGAGUAGUCAAAUCGUAUGGUUUUGCAUUAGGUUUCCAAAAUAUAUGUGGUGUUUGCACCCAUUUGCUUUUCCCCUGCGCGCCACCAUGGUUUAUCCACAUGUAUGGAGAGGAUGCGCCAGCAGAUUAUGAGAUGCUCGGGUAUGCUGCUGGAUUGAUCAGAGUUGAUGUUGCAUUAGGCACCCACUUGAAUUCGAAAGGAUUUCAUCUUUCGCCUAUAGUGUUUGGGGCUGUCCCUUCUUUACAUUCAGCAAUGGCAGUAAUGACUUUUUUCUUUGUUGCUUAUUAUUCAAGAUGGGUUUUUGUCAAAGUUUUAUCAUUGAGUUUUGUUGUUGUACAAUGGUGGGCUACAAUCUAUUUAGAUCAUCAUUGGAGAUUAGAUUUAUUCGUUGGAAUGGGUUAUGCCACAUUUUGGUUUACUGUGAUUUAUUGUUGGAGAUUGAAAAAGUGCAAUGAAAAAUUCAUCCAGCUGAGAUUGAAUUAUGAGUUUUUAGCUGGCGGAAGUACCAUGGGAAUGAGGGUAUUUAGAAAUACAAAUUUUCAAUGGUUCUUUGAUCCAUUGAGUUGA